CAAAAAGAAGAAGUGGGUGACGUCAGCGCCAUUUGGUACAUUUCUUUUUCAGUACAUAACAUCUAAUAUAACUAAGAAGUAUCUUUAUUAGACAGUACAUAUUUAAAAGGUUUAGAGGCUGUUUCGGACAGGGGAAGUAGUAGGAUUCAUUUUUUUUAAGUUCAGUCUGGCAUUGCUUCGGCCAGUACUAACGUAGCAGCAUUGAGGACCCCUUCGUCUAUCAUGGCGGCGCCCAGUGGAACUCUAAACUGUGAGGACUUUUCAAUGUUUCAGGAGGUGCUAAAGCUAAUGCGCACUAUUGAUGACCGGAUUAUUCAUGCUCUGAACACCACUGUACCCACGGCCUCCUUCAAGGGCAAGGUGGAUGCUACGCAGACCUGUAAGGAGCUCUAUGAAUCUCUAAUGGAGGCCCACAGCAGCCGGGAUAGAGCCAUAAAGACAUGUAUAGCCCAGACCUCUAGUGCGGUCAACCAGUUGUACGAGCAAAGGGCCAGGUACAGUGACAACCUGUCACUCAUCAAACAACUCAGGAAGGAGCAAACCAAGUUAAAACUCAUGCAGUCAGAGCUGAAUGUUGAAGAAGUGGUCAAUGAUCGAAGCUUGAAGGUGUUCCGUGAGAGAUGCAGAAUCCACUACACCCCUCCAAAGGUCCAGUGAGAAGGGUCUGGCUGGUUUCGUAUGGUGUGGAGAAGUUUUUCCUACAGGUGUUUCUUGAUUGGACUUGGAACCGAACUGUGGUGCCGAUCCGAUGGAAGAUCACCUCCCGGAAAACCUCUUUUCUUACAAAACAUGCAAAAGGAUUUUAUAACAAUGAAGUGCUUUCUCAUGACCAUUUGUGUCCCUGGUUUGGUGGUGAGCGUAUGGAAGUCCUGUGUCUUGUGUGUCCUGUGGAAAACCAGCUCCUGAGGAAGAGAGUCUAGGGCUACUAAGGAUGGGGGAAAACAUUGUGUGGCAAGAUUGCCGCUGGCCGGGAAAAAAUACUUGCAAAAUCAUUUGUAGCAAGAUGACCCAUAAUCCAUGGUUUCGGGUUGGGUUUUUGCACAACUACCAACAAGUGGCAAAUGUGAGACUACUCCACAGCUGGGUCAUUCUUUGAUUUCUGUUGCAAAUCAUGUCCAAGCAAUUUCACAUUACAUAAAACAUUUUAAAACAUA